CUGCGCCCUCCGCGGAGGAGCUCGUAAUCCUCUCUUUGCUUAUAUCCAGAGGAUUCUUCCGUGAGCGCAAAUUAAUACCGCCUUCCCAGGGUCGAGGCGGUUACCCUGCACGGAUUGACUGACGCCGCGUUUCUUUUCAUUCGGAAGCCCUUUCCCGGCGGCGGUCUCGGAGCGGGACUCGCCGCAGCGCUCGGGCGCGGGAGGGAGCAGCGAACCCGCCUUUAUGCACAAGGACGUGCCCUACACCACUCGGUUAAAUGCCCGGAGGCUGACCUAAAGCUGGGGGGGGGGGGGGUCCGCUCGGCGAUGCCCCCCGGGCGGGCAGCGCUGCUCUCACCCCGCUCGGGACGCUCCCGGAGGCUCAGUCCCGGCCGCCCCUCGCCGCGGGGGCCGUGUGAGGCAGCCGGGGCUGCGCGGGGGGGUGGGCGCGGUGCCCCCCGCCCCGGCCGGGCCCUCCUUAGCUCAGCCCCCGGCAGCGCUCUCGCCUCCCUGGAAGGGCUCAACUGAAAGACUUUGAGCUCCUCCAGACUUUCUCUUGUUUUGCCAUAGAGCGGCACCCUCCCUCCGGUCCGGCUCCUCCUGCCUCUCCGUCUCCGCUAUCCCGUUAAAAGGCUGCCGCUCCCGCUCUGCCGAGGCAGUGCCCCGCCGGGCUGGAUGGGGGAUGGAGGCUGGAGGCGGUCGCCGAGGGAAAGGAGAACUCUAAGGCAGCUUUCCGCUGGCCCAGUGAGCAGGAACUGCGAGAAGACCGCUUCCCCAGCCGGGAUCGAUACUCUGCUUUCCUGCUGCUGAGGGCACUUUGGAGCAGCCGUAGGUCACUGAAGUAACUCCGGCACAGUGCUGACUGCGGAGUUGUAAAGAACUACGGGCAAGUGGCUGCGGUGGUGCUGGAAAACGCUUUGCCGUUACCAGGGACACGAUAGUUCUCAGUUCAUCAGAGCAUCUCUUCUGGUCCCUCUCCUUCCCUGCCACAGGGAGGAGGGCCAUCCUUUGGAGGGGUGAGGAUGGAGCUGUGACUUCUUCCAGUGUUGUUCUGGUGGAAGGGGGUAAAGGGUGGGGAGAGAGACUUUAAGAAGUGAAGCACCACCACUGCUGCUGAAUUCCGCUUUACUUCAGUUUCCCCCGGCAGAGAGAGAGAGGCACGAUGCUGCCAGGGAACCUGAAUCUGCUUCGGGCUUUUGGGUUUUUUUUCUUUAUCUUCUGGACAGCUUUUAACACAGCUUUGGUGGAUGUUGUUGGAUCGGAGCAGCAGAUCCCCUUGUCUGUUGUAAAGCUCUGGGCCUCAGCAUUUGGUGGGGAGAUCAAAUCUAUUGCAGCCAAGUACUCGGGUUCCCAGCUCCUGCAGAAGAAAUACAAAGAAUAUGAGAAAGAUGUUGCAAUAGAAGAAAUUGAUGGACUUCAGCUUGUGAAAAAGUUAGCGAAGAAUAUGGAAGAAAUGUUUCAUAAGAAGUCAGAAGCUGUACGGCGCCUUGUUGAAGCUGCAGAAGAUGCUUACCUGAAACAUGAGUUUGAUGCUGACUUGCAGUAUGAAUACUUCAAUGCUGUGCUCAUAAAUGAACGAGAUGAAGAAGGAAACUAUCUGGAGCUGGGGAAGGAGUUCAUUCUAGUGCCAAAUGACCACUUCAAUAACUUGCCUGUGAACAUCAGUCUGAGUGAUGUCCAAGUACCAACCAAUAUGUACAAUAAGGAUCCUGCAAUUGUAAAUGGAGUUUAUUGGUCAGAAUCUUUAAAUAAGGUUUUUGUUGAUAAUUUUGAUCGUGAUCCUUCUCUCAUCUGGCAGUACUUUGGAAGUGCAAAGGGAUUUUUCAGACAAUAUCCAGGAAUUAAAUGGGAACCUGAUGAGAAUGGAGUCAUUGCAUUUGACUGCAGAAAUAGAAAAUGGUACAUCCAGGCAGCAACUUCUCCAAAAGAUGUGGUGAUUUUAGUAGAUGUCAGUGGCAGUAUGAAAGGGCUUCGCUUGACUAUUGCAAAACAGACAGUUUCCUCUAUUUUGGAUACCCUUGGAGAUGACGACUUCUUCAAUAUAAUUGCUUAUAAUGAAGAACUUCACUAUGUGGAGCCGUGUCUGAAUGGAACAUUAGUUCAAGCAGACAGAGCCAACAAAGAGCAUUUCAGGGAACACCUUGACAAACUUUUUGCAAAAGGGAUUGGAAUGCUGGACAUCGCUUUAAAUGAAGCUUUCAACAUGCUCAAUGAAUUCAACCACACAGGGCAAGGAAGUAUUUGCAGCCAGGCCAUAAUGUUGAUUACUGAUGGAGCUGUAGACACAUACGAUACAAUAUUUGCAAAAUAUAAUUGGCCAGACAGAAAAGUUCGCAUUUUUACCUAUCUGAUUGGAAGAGAAGCUGCUUUUGCUGAUAACCUGAAGUGGAUGGCCUGUGCUAACAAAGGGUUUUUCACUCAGAUCUCUACCUUAGCUGAUGUUCAAGAGAAUGUCAUGGAAUAUCUCCAUGUGCUUAGCCGACCAAAGGUUAUUGACCAAGAACACGAUGUAGUCUGGACUGAAGCAUAUAUUGACAGCACUCUCCCUCAGGCUCAAAAGCUUGCUGAUGAUCAGGGAUUGGUGUUGAUGACAACUGUUGCCAUGCCAGUAUUUAGUAAGCAAAAUGAGACUAGAUCUAAAGGGAUUCUUCUGGGAGUAGUUGGCACAGAUGUUCCAGUUAAAGAGCUUUUAAAAACUAUUCCAAAGUACAAGUUAGGUAUUCAUGGAUACGCUUUUGCAAUUACAAACAAUGGCUAUAUUUUGACUCAUCCAGAACUUAGGCCUUUGUAUGAAGAGGGGAAGAAACGAAGAAAGCCCAACUACAGUAGUGUGGAUCUCUCUGAGGUCGAGUGGGAAGACAGAGAUGAUGUGCUCCGAAAUGCAAUGGUGAAUCGGAAAACAGGGAAAUUCUCCAUGGAAGUGAAGAAGACAGUGGACAAAGGGAAGCGGGUAUUGGUGAUGACAAAUGACUACUAUUAUACAGACAUCAAGGGUACUCCAUUCAGUUUAGGUGUGGCUCUCUCUAGAGGACAUGGAAAAUAUUUCUUCCGAGGGAACGUAACUGUAGAAGAAGGUUUACAUGAUUUAGAACACCCUGAUGUGUCUUUAGCAGAUGAAUGGUCCUAUUGCAACACUGACUUACAUCCUGAACACCGUCAAAUGACUCAGUUAGAAGCAAUUAAACGCUACCUCACAGGAAAAGAGCCAUUGCUCCAAUGUGAUAAAGAAUUGAUCCAGGAAGUUCUGUUUGAUGCAGUUGUGAGUGCACCAAUUGAAGCUUAUUGGACCAGUCUAGCAUUAAAUAAAUCAGAAAACUCUGACAAGGGAGUGGAAGUUGCCUUCCUUGGAACACGGACUGGACUAUCUCGCAUCAACCUGUUUGUCGGUCCAGAACAGCUUACUAAUCAAGAUUUCCUGACAGCUGAAGAUAAGGAGAACAUUUUUAAUGCUGACCAUUUUCCACUCUGGUACCGAAGAGCUGCUGAGCAGAUACCUGGGAGCUUUGUCUAUUCAAUUCCAUUUAGUACAGAAACCGCAAACAAGAGCAAUGUAGUGACAGCCAGUACUGCUAUUCAGCUUCUGGAUGACAGAAAAUCUCCGGUUGUUGCAGCUGUAGGUAUCCAGAUGAAACUUGAAUUUUUCCAGCGGAAAUUUUGGACUGCAAGCAGACAGUGUGCAUCUCUCGAUGGCAGAUGUGCCAUAAGUUGUGAUGAUGAAGCAAUCAACUGUUACCUAAUAGAUAACAAUGGCUUCAUUUUAGUAUCUGAGGAUUAUAGGCAGACUGGUUACUUUUUUGGGGAGGUUGAAGGAGCUGUGAUGAACAAGUUACUAUCAAUGGGCUCCUUUAAGAGAAUUACACUUUAUGACUACCAGGCCAUGUGUAGAACAAACAAAGCGAGUAGCGACAGUGCCCAUAGCUUACUGGACCCUUAUAAUGCCUUCUUUGCUGCAGUAAAAUGGAUUAUGACUGAGCUUGUCUUGUUCCUUGUGGAAUUUAAUCUAUGCAGUUGGUGGCACUCUGAUCUAACGGCAAAAGCGCAGAGGUUGAAACAAACCCUAGAGCCCUGUGAUACUGAAUAUCCAGCUUUUGUUUCCGAGCGCACUAUAAAGGAGACCACGGGGAAUAUUGCUUGCGAUGACUGUUUCAAGUCUUUUGUUAUCCAGCAAAUCCCAAGCAGCAAUCUCUUCAUGGUGGUAGUAGAUAACGAAUGCUUCUGUGAUUCUGUUCCACCGAUUACUAUGGCACCUAUAGAAAUAAGGUAUAAUGAAUCCCUUAAAUGCGAACGCUUAAAAUCUCAAAAGAUAAGAAGACGCCCUGAAUCUUGUCAUGGAUUUCACCCUGAAGAAAAUGCAAGAGAAUGUGGUGGUGUCUCAGGCCUUAGUGCUAAACCUCCUCUUGUUCUUCUUCCUCUGCUAUUGAAGAUUUUCUCAAGGUGACGUUGACUGAUGUGUUCAAUUGGCAUGCUAAUACAUGGAUAAACUGUGAACUGGGAAAUGGUGCAACAUAAAGGACGUGAAAUAUAGUCAGAGCAUCAGCAUUUCAUGAUUUUAAACUGUUGGUGAUAUAAAUUCUUAAAGAUCUGUUGAAAAAAGAUUUAUCUUUUUACUUUGCAAGUCAUGCAGAUGUGAAUUUGGCAUAUGGUAGUCAUGAUUCAUCAAAAAAGGUCUCGGUAGAUAGAGGUGACCAUUGCUUUGUCCCAUUGAAAACAAUUUAAAACUGUGUACUUUUUCAAUAAAGUAUAUUAAAAUCACAGUUUCAGAGUGUAUUUUAAGUGCAAUAAUGUAUUUGUUCCACUAAUCAAUGAUGGGAAGCGAAUAAAAUAAGUGGAAGAUGUUUUCUUAUGUUUUUAGCCUAUUUCUGAAAAGAUUCAGAGAAGAAAGUGUGGAAUUAGCUUUUAUAAUAAGGCAGAAUAGCUUUUAUUGACAGGUCAAGGAAACACAUGUGCAUGUAUGAAGCUGAGCAGGUAAUAUGCUGUACUGAUUUAUAGGGAAGGUUUGGUUUCUGGAAAUAGCCAUAAAACAUCUCAGCCACAUUUAGAAAGUGAGCUAAAGCCCUGAUUAAAGCCUUUUCCCUAACUUGGGCAAGCUUUAGAUCAGAUUGGUUGAUUUGGUCGCAGAUGGCAAAAUUAAAUACAUUUGAUCGGUUACAAUUUGUGGGAAGAUCCGUAAAAUAACCUCUAUAAAAAGAUGAGACUGCUCUGUUAGUGUUGUGCUCUACAGAUGUCAUGUCAGCUAGGAGAAGCUCUUUACAAAGAAAUUCAUAAGCAGAGAGUAUUUAGCUUACAUCUGUGUCAGCAGAACUCAUUAAAGUUUUCACUGAGAAUUCAUUGAGGCUUAUCCUCAGCGGGCAAAUAUCAAGACUAAUAUUUUUCUGUUCUAGGCCAUACGUUCUGCUUUGUGAGGGAAAUGAGAAGAUUUGAUUUUUGAGUCUUUUAAAACCCUGUACAAAGAGGGAUAUUUAUCCUGCCCCUGGUAUAAUGAGUAUAUUCCUCUUGUAAUUGGCAAUAACAUCCCUGUUGUGGAUAUGUUUACUGAGCAUCUUGCUCUUUGAAGUAUGUUAAUAUCUCAGUUUAUCUUUGGAGUUUUAUGUGAAGUAGAAUGCUAUCAAGAGAAUAACAUGACCUUCUAACAAUAUAAUACAUCAGGUGCAAAAUAAAAUGCCACUAUUCUAAAUCUGAUCUUUGAAGAUUGCAGUUUCCUGAUGGAGAGUAAGUAUGCUUUUAGCAUUAGAUAAACACUAAGCAGAUUUGCUAUGUAUCCUAGGUGAUAAUAGGGAUCUAAGCCACUGAGAGGGGCUUUGUUUUAAGGAACACUAUCCAGCUUGUAAGAGGAGGAACUAGUAAAAUAAAAUUUCCACUUCAGUGCUUUAACCGGUUCAAAUGCACUGGUACUUCCUCUGGUUCUGAAACCAUACAGAUCUUUGUCUGCACUCAUGAUUUUCUUUUCCUCACCUUUUUAUGGUUAAGAGGGUUUUCCUACACCCUUCUCUGCCCUUCCUUGUUGGUCUAAAAAUCACUCACUAUAGGAAUAAUUUUCCAGCUGACACUCAGUCCAUCUGUUGUCCUAGUGACAUGCUCUGUUUACUAAACUAAUUGGGAAUUCAAGGCAUUUUCUAUACUUGGACUGACACAGAUAUCCUGUGGUUCUUUGCUUGGUUUUUCUCUGAGCACCAUUCCCCCCGACCCUCCAUCAUUCUCCCCCAAAUUAAUCUCAAUACUUUAUAAAUAAAAUAUUUUAGUUUCUGAUGUUCUGUGUGAGUUCCCAGAAUGCACAACACUACAGCCUCAUAAUGCUUUUGUAUGUCUGACGUUUGAUUUUUCUCAGUGCAACUUAAAUGGGAAAUAUUUAUAAACCAGUACAAUCCAGAUGAUUUUUCCUUGUUAGUAGAAAGUGAAAAGAAAGAUCUUUCUCAUUAGAGCCAUUGAAAAACUCUGCAUACAAAUGCCUGUCCUGUCCGAUGUCUGAAUCGUCAUUGCUCUCUCAAAGAAAAGAAAUACGUUAAAGGAAGACGUGUGUUUUUACUGAACCAAGAUGAAAAUGCCUAAUAAUAAUUCAUUGUUAAUUUUGUAAAGAGGUGGACAUUUUUGUAAUUACAGAGGAGCCAGGGAGUAAUAAGAGAGAUUAAAAUAUGACAGUCUAAGUUAAUAUUGUGAAAGAGAUUAAAAUAUGGGUAUGUAAAUGAAUAUUACUCAGAGAAAUGUGACAGUUCAUUUUCACACAUUAAGACGAAGUUAUAAUGACAGAAUGUGUUACUGUACACAAACAAGUUACUGUGUAAAACUGAAUAUUCCAAGUUGCUAAGUGUAAAAAAAAAAAAUUGAGUUGCCAUUUCUUUGCAAAUGAACGCAUCUUUUUAAUUUUGUAUUUAUUCCUUUAGAAGUCUCUGAUGCAGUGUGCAUUCAGGUUCACAAAGCCAGUGCUUUAGAAGAUGUGGAGACGUUGCCUUGGGUUCACAUUUGUGGAUCUUUGCCUGUGCAGGUCCUCGUAUACAACUGAGUACGUUCAGUCGUUGACAUUCAUGUUGCAUUUUCUGAAUUUCAAGCAUCGAUCAUGAGUGUGUGUAACAGAUCAACAGUAGGUCAGUGAUAAUCCUGUGAGCUAAUUUGUUUGAACUAAUUGGCCGCAUCUAUCCCAGUAAAGUGAGCGUGUCUGGAAACAUUUCUUGGCACUGAGGCCAACUGGCUCAGAGUGGCGUUGUGUGUUUGCUAGUAAGAUCUCUUGGUCUCCAAACCGGAGUAGCUGCAGUAUGAACAGUCUCUGCCCAAACGUAGAAAUGAUGAUUUUGAGUUUUAUAGGACAGAGCUAGCUGACACAGGCUGAAAGCAUGCUAAGGGUUAUUCCGAACAGCUUACAGAAAAGCUGAUCUCAUUCCAAUGCACAGGAACGUUCCUGAUUGUUGUUACGUUUAACAGCCUGUGUGUCAUCAUUAGCUUUGAAACACCGGGAGAGAGUGAAGAUACCGUGAAGCGGGUCUGUGCUGUCAUACCGUAACCUGUGGCAGCUCACAGAAGAUGUAAUGAAAUUUCAUAAUCUCACUAAUCACAGGUACUGCUCCUCUCAAAUCCUUAAAAUAUCAUGCAAGGCCUGAUCCAAAGCCCAAUAUAGUCAAUGGAAAACCAUGCAUUUAUGUAACUAUAUGCAUUUUUAAUAAACAGAAGUUUCAGACAUCAUCUAUGUUUUUUUAUCUCCCUAAAUCCGAGGUCAAAUCCAAGGAGGACCAGGACAAGUGUACAAUCUGUUUCUACACAUCAACAGACAUAGCUUAAAAUUUCAGCUUCUGCAGGGCCUGGAUCCUUUUUUUUUAACUCUCUGUUAAUGGCAUUGAUUUUCAACAUAUUAUCCGCAGCUGCCUUGUCUUCCUUUAAUCUUGAUACAGCAAAAGCUGUCUGGGGGCUCAGGACUGGCCUUGGACACACCAUUUUCUAAUGGCUUUGUGUGGGAAAACUGUCUGCCCGUAACUGUCAGUGCCACAAAUGCUCUUUUAAAAUCCUGUAAGCCAGAGCGCCUCAGGCAGGUUUCUGCAGCUGUGCCAUCUCCUCUCCUUGUUUUUGUGACACAGAGACCGCCUGACCCACUGCAUUUUGCUGCCGGGGCAACUCUGUGAUACGUACGCCAGGCGAAACAGGUGGUUGCCUAGGGCAAGAAGAUAUUAAAAACAGGAGUGAUUGUUUCAUUGCCUAAAUGGCUUCAAGAAACUGUUUCGGUUUUCUUCUGAUAGUGAGAGCCACAGAACAGGGCACUGGCCCUCUUAGCCCUUUGGGUUCAGAAGCAAGAUAGAAGUUUGGCUCAGGAAUUUUGUAGCUAGAAGACCCCAGUUAUUUCCAUUUGUCUCCUGAGCCCUUCAUAGUCUCCAAGGACUUUUAAAUCCUGGCACUUUCUGUGCCCUAGAAAUUCCUCCUCAUGCGAAUUUAAUGUAAAUGGGUAUUCAUGAAGGAAGGUUUUCUGAACAAUCCAUCAAAAUUUUGCAAAUGUGGAAAAUAUUAUGUUUAUUUCAUUUUCUGACUUUAUUACUAUCCCUUGAGCUGUACAAGAUGCUUCUUUAGGAUGUUUUUUAUUUCUCGUCAGAGUUUUUCCCCAUAGUUCUGAAGGUUUCCAGUGUGUAUUUCGCUGACUUGCUAUUCAUCUGUUUCACAACAGUGUACUCUCUCUGACAGGUCUAUCUCCUACAUAUCUACUGAGAGAAAUAAGUAUCUUCAGAAAACCUCACUGGAAUUUAUCACAAUCCAGUCUGAAGAAAAGUUUCUUCUCUCUCAUCUUUUCUGUUGGCCAUUAGGCUCGGAUCAUAUUGGUUCCACUAUAAUGAUAUUCUUGUAAUAGCUCCUUGGGAGGAUUUGCCUCAUCUUAAAGAGGCAAUCCUGUGUUUCUUCCCAAGAACACUUUUUGAAAUGGACGUUAUAACUCUGAUAUACCGAGUCAUAGUGUAUUCUUGUGAUUCUCUGAGCGGAAGGAUAACUUUCCGACUCCUUCAGAUGUGUUUUCUUCUCCUUCUUCCCAUAGAACUGUGGUCAACAAAGCAAAUGCUAUUUUUGUUCUUUGCUAUUCCAAUAUAAAUUGUUUUAAAAGUCCACAGUUCUCCCUAGCAGAUGCUUUGGAGAGUUUCAAAGCACAUUCUUAAUCUAGGAAGAACCCCUUGUCGUUCAUUGGAUUAGAGCUGGAACAAGAGACACUUUUGCAUUAUGAUCGAGUUAGAUCCAGGUUGAAGACGGUAAAACAAACCUAUAUUACCCUUCACUAAAUAGUGUUAAUAAAAUGUGUGCAAUACAAUUGGAAACAAAAAAUAUACCUUACAUUGCAUUUAUUAAGUACUAGAUGACUACUUAAUGAUCAGUUUUAAGAACGUGAAACUUUGCUUGGACUUUCUAAUUGAAACUCAAAUGAGUGUAAACAAGGCACGCUCUUUCAUUGUGAAGACAUUGCAUUCCCAUGUAU